AUGGUGGGGCGGGAGGCGCCGUUCGGAGCGCGGCAGGCUCGGCUCUGCUGCACCUGUCGCGGCGGCGGCGGCGCGGAACCAGCUCUGAUCAGGGCAGGGGGCGGGGGCAGGGGCGGGGGCAGGGGCGGGGUCCCGGCGGGGCGGGGCCAGGUGCGCCAGGCUUGGGGCGGGGCACCUCUGGCUGGGCGGGGCGGCCGGGCCCCGGCGCCCUUCAGACCCCGGCGGGUAGCUGGCGCUUUGGGAACCUCAGUUGCCUCGGUUGGAAAUGGGGCUCCCCGGCAGGACCGAGGUGGCCGCAUGCCAUCUGCGCGAGUCCCUGGGUCCCUCGAUGCGCGGGGGCGACUGCUGCCACCACGGCCUCCCACCGGCUCUGCGCGCCCCGCCCACCCGUGGGCAGCCGUCGGGUUUUUACCCCGGCCCGUUCUCUCCGCAGCCCCGACCCGCUCGCGGGCACGCCCCUGUGGCUCGCGCCGCCCCUGCCCCACGGAGGAGCGGCUGGCAGGAUACAGGGACUGCGGAGGAUCGGCGUGGAAUGGAUGCGACGGUGCCAGUAAACAGGCGCUGAGGAAAGAUGAGGGAACCGAGGCCAGAGAGGGGACAAGUCAGAAGACAUGCUGAAGAAGACCUGGGAGUGGAACAGACACCCAGGAUGCAUGAAAUCAAGUCUGACGCCCUUGCCAAGUGCUCCCCCAAGUCCCUGGGGAGCCAGAAACCCAGCUUCACGGUGUUGACGAGCCAGGAGCACAUACUGUUGUGUCCCCACCCUGUCCGUGGUCCCAGAAAUGACAGAAAAUACAUUUUCGUUUGUAAUGUGG